AAAUUUGAGGUCUGCACUGACGGAUAUUAUUUUGGAGAUGUAGGAAAAGUUUUGUAGUGUUUUCCCAUGGAAUCAUUCACGGAAAAGGAGUUAUUAGCAACAAUAAACGACAUGGGUUAUGAUCUUUCUCCUGAAGAAUUGGUAUUUUUCAAGAAAGAAAUGGAUCAAUUCUUGGAUGAACUAGAAAGGGAAAACGAGCAACAGUUACAGGGUCAAAAUGUGUCGUUCAACUCUUUAAUGAAAAGUGCUACUCAAUUCGCUGGUUGUGACAUACCAUGCAGCUAUGAUAAAGAGGGGUUGUUUUAUGCGGAGCAAUAUCGUCGCUUUCCAUCGUAUGAAAAUCUUGAAUUUCAUAAGAAUCAGGGGAAUGUCGCACGAUCUUCUAUAUCAGUUAGUGGAAAGCGCUGCGAAUUAUUAGAUCAUAAUGAAAUAGUCAACAUUUUGGAUGAUGGUUAUCAUUGCCUUCGACAAAUUACUGAAGAUAACAGUCGCUUGCAAGGCCUAAAUAAUCGUCUCGAGGAAAGUUUAUACCGCAGUCGUGCAAGGUCACUUUCAUCUGAUGAAAAGCAGAACUUUGCUUCUACUCAAACAAUAAAUGAUGCGGAAGAACAUGCCGAUGAGGCGAAAACAGACAGCGCACUGAUUGCUGUGGAUCCUGCUAUACGGCCAGUUCUGCACCCACUUCCUGGUGGAGUGCAGUUUCGACAUGAUCCUGUGAAAAAAUAUGAAUUAUACAAGAAAGGCUGGCUGGAGAAUCCUCCUCCAGGUGAGAAAAAACGAUUAUCAUUGAGGUGGAAAGUGCGAGAGUUCAUGCUGCGGCGUGACGUAUCCGGAGUUAAACCCAUAGAUUUGGCUCGAAGAAGAAUAUCAAAUCCCGAUUGGUGUCCACGUCCCUAUCUCGACUAAACAAUACUUCGUAAUUGCUGUUUACAUUUUCUUUUUUUUUUGUUCUUUACUGUUAAAAGUCAAGCACUGACAUAAUAGUAUCCACAUCGUCAUUUGUCUUAGUUUUCAGAAUACAGUUAAACAUUUAUA